AUGCAGGAAGAUCGCACUUGGGCUCUUGAAGAGAAGGCUUGGAAACAAAUUAAGCACCAUGCGGUAGAGACGACGGAACGAGCGGAGAAGCGUUUAGCAGAUCUGCGUGAGUUGCACGCGGCUGUGAAGGAUCAUCUCUUGUUGCUGAAUGUGCGAGAGGAGGAAACGAUCAGUCGUCUUCACGGGGAGUCCAAAACACUUGUGCGGCAGAUCCAAGAGCGUGAAGAGGAUCUUAUCAAGAUGCUGCGAGACGACUGUGCCCUUCAACGUACCCAGAUCGAGAAGCUGCAGGAGAGCAUUGAGACUCAGAAGAAACUGCUGGAGACGCAUAAGUCACAGUUGGAAGAACACAAGCGUGAUGUCAUUGAACGUGCCGAGGCUCAACGACAAGUGACGGAACUUCUCAGACAGUCUGCCUUUUUUGAGGUGCCUGAACUGCAUUGUUACAAUGUUAAAUCGGCAGCUAUUGUCACUGAUCGGCACUUAACUCUUUUGCGAGACGUGGCAUCUUUUUUUUUCCCCUCUGCACUUACAAUACCUAUUGCAGACAAUUCUAUUUACCUUCCGUUGGGGAGAAUAAAAGAGAAAUGCGAGUCCGUGGUGCAGGAAAAUGCAUCUAUGAUAUUGCACGAUGGCAUUCUCCACUACAUUGCUACUACGGGUGGCAAAAAGCCCUUUUCUAACCCGGUGGAAAGUGAUGCCGUGCGCAUUUACUGCGACGCUCCGGUUGUGCUUGGAGAACUUUCAUCUCUUUGCAAUGCUGUUGACGCGACUCGCACCACGGCUGCUGUACUGCAGCAGACGCAAUGUUUCCGCACAGCUUCACAGAAGGGUGCUCGAAUAGAAAUUGAUUUUGGCGACAGACGGUGGGUAGAAUGCUCAGCUUAUGCACUCCGUCAUGGACAUGCGACGGAGCACGCAGCACUACGCUCAUGGCGCUUGCUUGGGAGUCGUGACAGAGUGCGAUGGGUUGUGUUGGAUGAGCAGAGACGUAAUAAUAUGCUUGGGAGGUCACCUUUUAACGUAGCAUCUUUCACCAUUGACGAAGAGCGGGUCUAUUCUCAGGUAAAGACUACAUGGCAUUCUGCUUCUGCUUUGGGAUGUGCAUUUCGAUACAUUGCACUAGAGCUUGCGGGUCCGGAUGCUGUUGGCAAGUAUCACCUGGAGCUUGGGGGGAUGGAGCUUUACGGAUAUCUGGUGAAUACCCUUUCUCUAUGA